GGGCAAACGGUGCGCGCAAUCGCCGCCGUCGCAUUUGGAGGCGCUCGGGUUUCUUUUGAAAAGCCGGCGAGGGCGCGUCAGCGCUAAACGCUUCCGGUCACCUGAGUCGCGGGAGGCGUCGCGCUGCCGUGUUUUGCCGUGACAGGUGUCUCGCUUCAUUCCGGCACGCACGCACGCACGCAGGCGGAGGAGGAGGAGGAGGAGGAGGAGGCACGCGCAAACCUCAGGUAGCGCUCGCCCGCCCUCUUCUCCUUCUUGAUUUUCUGCCGAGAUGUUGCGUUUUGUCGCAGAACGUUGCCAAGCUGUCGCCAGGAUGCCGAAGUCGUACCAGAGCGUCGAGCGCGGUGACGAGGCGACGGCGACGGCGACGGCGGCGGAGACGGAGAAGAGUCCCGGGAGCCGGAAGCAGCGCUACGUGCGCAAAGAGGGCAGCUGCAACGUGGUUUUCCGCCACCUUCCCGAGGAGUGGCUCUUGUUCGUCACCGACAUCUUCACCACCUUGGUGGAGAUCCGCUGGAGGGCGAUGCUCCUCAUCUUCGCGCUGUCCUACAUCCUGUCCUGGCUUUUCUUCGGGAUCCUCUUCUGGGUCAUCGCGCUGGCCCACGGCGACGUCCAGGACCACAAGACGGCGCCGUGCGUCUACAAGGUGCGCAGCUUCACCGCCGCCUUCCUGUUCUCACUGGAGACUCAGACCACCAUCGGCUACGGCACCAGAGGGAUGUCGGAGAACUGCGCCGUGGCCAUCGCGGUGGUGACCGUCCAGGACGUCGUCAGCUGCUUCAUCAACACCUUCGUCAUCGGCAUCGCCGUCGCCAAGAUGGCCUCGGCCAAGAAGCGGGCGCAGACGGUGGGCUUCAGCAACUGCGCUGUCGUCAACCUCCGCGACGGCCACCUGUGCCUCUCCUGGCGGGUGGGCGACUUCCGCCGCAACCACCUGGUGGAGGGUACGGCGCACGCUCAGAUCGUGCGCGCCGACGCCCACGCCACCGGCAGGGUGGACGUCGCCUACCGGGAUCUGGUCAUCCAGCAGCCCGACAUCGUCCUGGUGGCGCCGACCACCAUCUGCCACCGCAUCCGGGAGGGCAGUCCGCUGUACGGGAUGAGCCCGGCGGAGCUGCGGGCCUCCGACCUGGAAGUGGUGGUGUCCUUCACGUACACCGACGACAGCACGGGAACGCUGCACCAGACGCGCACGUCCUACACGCGGGACGACAUCUUGUGGGGUCACGUCUUCCAGGAGAUGAUCCGGGCCGGCAGGAGGCGCUACACCGUCGACUACGUGCUCUUCAACCAGACCGCCAAGGUCCCGCUGCCCGCGAUCAGCGCCGAGGCCUAUCGGCUCAAGCGGCGGCCGCGGCCUUCGCCGCGCGGUUCGCCCCGACGAGGUCCCGAGCCCCCCUUAAACGACGGACAACAUCCUGACACCACGUAGCUGAAACGCUAAAAUGCGACAACGUCAAAGCUCAGCGACCAAGAAGAAAACAAGUUAGCGGCCAGCGCAUGUCGAUGAUUUUUAAGCGAGAUCAUCGUACGAGAAGCUUUUUACUCGAACCUCCUGAUGGAACCUUGAACUAUGACCUUCUACCAGAAAACCUCCACUAGAUGUUUCUAUAGGAACCUUCUGCUCAAACCUCCUACUCGAACCUUCUACCAGAACCGGCAACUUCCCUUAGGAACUUCUACUAAAAAAAAGGAACUUCCACUAACCAAAAAUGCCAAAAUGUGACAACAUCGAAGCUUGAAUGGCUGUUUCUCGCUGGCUGCUCUUUGUUGUCUCCUCCAGAAUCCUAUUUUGAAAUCCUCCUCAGUAAGAGUUGAUAAAGAUUGAAAUGAA